AUGGCUCCCACCAGCGCCCUCAGGCACCUCCGCCUGGCCCUGGGAGCAGCGGUGGCCGCCUUGGGGUCGCUCCUUUUCAUCGCCUGGAAAGUUUACUUCCGAGACGUCAACGACAGCAGCGUCGGCUGGCGGGGGCGCUGGGAGCGGCAGCUGGCGCUGGAGCUCGGGCGCAGCGCCCCUCCUGGGGACCAGGCACACUCCUGUGAAUAUCAGGUUUUGGUUCUAGGCUUGGAUGGUGCUGGAAAGAGCAGCAUUCUCCACUAUGUCUCCAGUACAGAAGCCAAAAGGCGCAUAUCCCCCACUCAGGGCUUCAAUUCUGUGCAACUUCAGGAUAGUGGGCUCCAGGUGGACCUUCUGGAAGUUGGUGGCAGCCAGAACUUACGUUCCUACUGGAAUCAGUACCUGAGCAAAGCCCACAUUUUGGUGUUUGUUGUGGAUGCUGCAGAUGUUCCACGCCUUCCUACUGCCCGGCAGGAGCUGCACAGUCUGCUAGCUGAGGAUACUCAGUUGCCUCUAAUUGUGUUGGCCAACAAACAGGACAAAAAAGAGGCACUGAGUGUAGCUGAAUUACACAAGGAGUUGGCCUUGCAUCCCUUGAAUAACGAGAGGGAAUUCUUUCUCCUACCUACAAGUGCUACUUAUGCAGGCCUGGACACGGCAAACAGCGUCCUCCACCUGAAGAAUCUGCUGAUCAAACUUCUUGCACAGAUUUGAAAAUUCUUGGACAUUGCCAAGAUAUUCAAGCCAGGUGGACAUCCAGGACUUUAC